GGCAGAGAUGGAUCCAUCACUCGUCCUUUGUUGUUCGUACCAGUUAUUCACUACCUUUACCAUUCUGUUCGUAUUAGCUCAACUCAGAAAAUUCAAAAUGAAUCAGAAAUUGAUUUCGCUGUGUCUGUUGGCCACUGCUAUGAUUUUCAUCGCCACUUCAGCAGAAGCCUCACCAACGGCCCUUCUGAAAGAAGAAGAAGUCAGAGGAGGCACUAAACUUCCCGUUACGACACCACCCACCACUAAACCUCACCCGUGUCCCGAUUGCGAUGACACCUGCCCACCUGUCGACAACCAAACGCCAACUGAACUAACCAAUCUCCCGUCCAUCACCUACAGCACCAACUGCGAUUUCAACGAUCACGAUCUUUACACGCUCACCUGCGUCGCGACGCCGUUCGAUUGCGCCGCCCGUUGCGCCGUCGACUUGCGGUGCAGCCACUUUACUUACAUCGCCGAUUUCAACGGAGGAACUUGCAUUUUGAAAAAAGCUUUCGGUUCCGGCGGCGCCUGGGCGUCGUCCGUUCCGUCGCCAUCGUCUUACGUCUGCGGUUACAUCCCCAGCCGGGCCCUGAUUGACAUUUUCCUCAACAUUUGCGUCGGAUUGGACAUUACCGGUUCCGGUCGUAAUUAAUUUGUAAAUGGCGUUUGUUAGUGAGGAAAAUUUAUUUAUUUGGGAAUUUUGUAUUUGAAUUAUUUCUUCUUUGAAUCGGGAAAUAAAUUGAUAAAGCAAU